GAUGUAUUCGAUAAGGUGCGCGCAGUUGCCCUACCUCCGCACCGCCCAUACGAUUGUGCCAUAGAGUUACAACCUGGUGCCGUUCCUCCUCGCGGCAGGGUCUAUCCACUGUCGGUUGCGGAGAAUGAGGCCAUGGAGGAGUACGUGAUGGAGGCGCUGUCCCGUGGUCACAUUCGCAAAUCCUCGUCCCCGGCAGGGGCUGGAUUUUUCUUUGUGAAAAAGAAGGGCGGUGAGUUGAGGCCUUGCAUCGAUUAUAGGGGCCUUAAUCGCAUCACGAUCAAGAACGCUUACCCGAUACCCUUGAUUUCCGAGCUGUUCGAUCGCCUUAAGGGGGCCACGGUCUUUACCAAACUCGACUUGAGGGCGGCAUAUAACCUGGUAAGGAUCAAGGCGGGCGAUGAGUGGAAGACCGCGUUUAACACCAGGACCGGUCAUUAUGAAUCCUUGGUUAUGCCCUUUGGGUUGUGCAAUGCGCCCGCAGUCUUUCAGGAAUUCAUCAACGAUGUUUUCCGUGACCUGUUGCAGCAGUGUGUGGUGGUCUAUUUGGAUGACAUCUUGGUAUACUCUGAAUCCAUGGAGGCCCACAUUCUGGAUGUCAAACGAGUGUUGCAACGGUUACGAGAGAACAAGCUGUUCGGUAAGCUUGAGAAAUGCGAAUUUCACCGAUCCCAGGUAACCUUCCUAGGUUACAAUGUCCUCUUCUGCUUCGAGGGAGAGCAGAGCGCCCGACCCUCUGGACUCUACAUGCUGGAGGGAGCCAGCUGCGAGAGGAUCCCCCCACCCAUAGUGGGCAGCAGGGUCAAGGAGAUCAUGGAGAAGAAGAAUGUCCUCUUCUGCUUCGAGGGAGAGCAGAGCGCCCGACCCUCUGGACUCUACAUGCUGGAGGGAGCCAGCUGCGAGAGGAUCCCCCCACCCAUAGUGGGCAGCAGGGUCAAGGAGAUCAUGGAGAAGAAGGCAAAGAAGCCAUUCUGGUCCCAAAAGGACUUUGGUUUAGCAGGGGGAUCCAGAACCUUUUUAACUAUCCGGUCUCCAUGGACUGUAGACUAUUGUUCCUAUUCUGGCAUCAGGUUCCAAAAAUCAUUAAGCCAGCUCAUGGAUUUUACUUUCAAUAACAACCGCACCACAGCCCUACUGAAUUUGAGGUCUUCGGCCAGUAAAAAGGGCUCUUUGCACCCCGCUCAUGUUUCAGCUGUCAGGCUCGACCCCUGUGACACGUCCGCUGCCAACCAGCUUGACCUCGUGGAUCCACAGACCUCUGCCCAGUCUGAUGGUUCUGCGAUGGAUGUCCAACUGGUCUUUGAGGGUCCGGGGGCCCCUCCUUAG